GCCAAACGCGACUGCAAUACGCCGUGCGAUGCUCCAAUGUUUACCUUCACUUCAGCCUUUGCAAAUUUACCGCACAGUACCUGCAUAUCCCAACGACACGCGACAGAGUCGCCUGAUCACCACCUGUCCAUGCAGGCUCUGCGCCGAGAUACCCUAUGGUCCGAUCGGGCAUGAUUCAGCUACCCAUAAAGCUUCAAGUUAGGUUACACGGCGAAUCCAGCUCGACUGUCAUUCAUUCUUGACCUGCUGGCCGCCUCUGUAUAUUCGCCGUCAUCCAAUCCAGCGACGACUAAGCACGUUGUCUUGUACCUAAAUUGAGUGAGGGACGGCGGACAACCCGACCUGCGACCAUGGCUACUCAAGCCGGUUCCUCGAAACCGCCUCCUAUCGAGUCGCCUGUAUCCAAGCCAGCACCGAUAUCACGGCCGAGAGCCGCAGACCCGAUUCUGCGAAUCGCGCUGCGCUACACCAUCUCUGCCCGCGAAUAUGAAGUUCUACACAAAUACGUCCUGUCGCGGUCGCGCGUUCUGAGGAGGAGGGCCCCAAGCAUCAAUGCUAUGCAAAAGUACAUGGACGGCAGAGAUGGCGAUACCAGUAAGGGGACAGGCAAGGGGAACGAGGCGGUCGGUAGUGCCGGAAGUGGCGGCGACACGUACAAUGCCCGCGCGAUCCGACAUGCGCUUCGCGUCUUCAUUGCUACAGGGCUUGGCACCAAGGCAUACGAGAUCAUCAUGGCACGAUUGAAAGGCCAAGCAAGCGUACCCAACAAGAACAAGAAAGAGCCGUUUUAUAAAUCUUCAACCUUGCGACUCUCCGUUUCUCUAUCGACCAUCCUACUGCUCUACCGACUUCUCUUCCGCUUUCUCUCCCGCCUUCGAACCCAUCUCCUCGACCCGCAAGCCGAGCCCUUCCGAGCACGCAACCCGCGGACAAGCCAGACGCUGACGUCACCGUAUGCGCCAGCCGUUGGCGCAUCGCUUGCCGGUUUGGCAUUGGGCAUCUACCCUUCGCGCCAACUACGCGUAUCCAUCGCCAUCUACUCACUCUUCCGGUCCCUCGAGUUCGCGUGGAACAUGCUAGAAGAAGAGGGCGCCAUCUGGGGUUGGAAGAUGCGGCCGGGUCUGAAAGGAGGGCUGAUGAAGCGCGAGAGGCCACGGUGGUGGGGCAGCUGGAUGCUGCAGCCUUUCGCGUUCGGUCAGCUUUUACACGCGGUAGUGUUUGAUCGUGAGUGCUCGCCCGUAUCGUACGUGGACUUUAUCUGGAAGAGCACCAGCACCUACCUACACAGUCCGCCGAACAACCUGCCAGCAGGUAUGAAAUGGCCGGUUGCUUGGGACGUUGCAGACAGUCUGGCGACCAUGGCGAAGCUUAAUUGGCCACCUUACGUCUCUCCAACCCUCUUCCCAAACCAACAGACCCUCCCCCAAUCACUUGCUUCCCUCGGCCCCCUAACCUCACAAGCGCACCCACUCCUAACCUCCCUCUCCUGCGCCACCCUGCACCCCUCCGACCCCUCCUGCCUCCGAACCUACCUUACCUUCUGGGUCCGCUCCUUCCCACGCCUCGGCCGCUUUUUCCUUGUCUUCUACUCCCUCCUCCUUCUCCCCAAAUACAAAGCCCUCUAUAACGCCCCCUGGGCCGUAAUUAACAAACUCCUCGCCCGCACCCUCCGCCUCUCCACUUUCGUCACGGGCUCCAUCAGCACCGCCUGGACCUCCAUCUGCCUCUUUCAGUCAUACCUCCCGCGAACAUUCUUGCCUACGCAGCGCUUCUUCUUGGGUGGGUUCCUGGCGGGGUUGUGGGGUUUUGUGGAAAAGGAAAAUGGCAGGGGUGUGUUCUUGUAUAGUGCCCGGACGAGUGUAGAUAGUUUAUGGAAAGUGGGGGUCAAGAGGAGGUGGUGGAGGGCCAUGAAGGGCGGAGAUGUGUGGGUUUUUGUACUGGCGAUAGCGCUUACCGGCAUCGUAUAUGAGAGGGACGCGAGGGCGAUUAAGGAGUCGAGUUGGAGAAAGGGAGUCGGGUUUGUGACGGGGGGUGAUUGGAGGGAUUGGGAGGUGGAGGAGGAUGUGGACAAUGAGGGCGAGGCUGAGAAGGAAUUGUAGAGAGGAAUUGGUGGUACUACGGCGGUCUUGAGUGUAUAAUUAUGGUGUCGGGUUGGGAGGCCGGGGUUGUACCACUAUGGUUCUGGUGUCUGCAGUAACGACAUCACCAGCGUUUUUUUUGAACACAUAUAGUUUUGUAAUUAUGUGCAAUGGCAUUAUGAUAUACGAC